CCGGCUCCCGCCCGGUUCCCGGCUCCCGCCGGGGCCGCGGCCCGAGCCGCCCUCCCGCCGGCCGGGGCGGGGCCGCCUUUGAAUGGCGCGGCGGGAAGAUGGCGGCGGCACCGUUAUCGGCCCGAGCGGUGCCGCCGCAGCCUCGGCCGCGGGGCUCGGCGGCGGCGGCAGCUCCCUCACGCCGGCGCGGGCCGUGCCGCCCGGCCCCGCCGCUCCCCGCCGCGCUGUGCUGAGCCCCCCGCCCGGCCUCGACCUCGACCUCUCCCUGCGCCGCAGCGGCUCGGCAGGGCAAUAUCAGCAGCUAAAUGUUCCUGAAGACCAAGCAAACAAGUUGCUCCUUGCAAGCUGGGGUCUUCCCAAAGCAGUUCUGGAGAAAUACCACAGUCUGGGAGUAGUGCAGAUGUUUGAAUGGCAAGCAGAAUGCCUGAUGCUUGGACAAGUUCUGGAAGGGAAGAACCUCGUUUACUCAGCUCCCACCAGUGCUGGAAAGACUCUGGUUGCAGAGUUGCUUAUUUUGAAGCGGGUCCUGGAGACUCGUAAGAAAGCUCUUCUCAUCCUUCCCUUUGUCUCUGUGGCCAAGGAGAAGAAAUGUUACCUGCAGGCCCUGUUCCAGGAGGUGGAUGUGAGAGUUGAAGGCUACAUGGGAAGCAUGGCUCCUGCUGGACGUUUCUCUGCUCUGGAUGUUGCUGUCUGCACUAUUGAGAAAGCCAAUGGACUAAUCAAUAGGCUCAUAGAAGAAAACAAAAUGGAUUCAUUGGGAGUGGUGGUUGUGGAUGAGUUGCACAUGCUGGGAGACUCUCAUCGAGGAUAUCUGCUGGAACUCCUCCUGACCAAAGUGAGAUAUGUUACAGAGAAGGUAGCAAAAAGACACAGAAAGAACACCAGUCCUGGUUUUGGUGGGAUACAGAUAGUAGGCAUGAGUGCUACCCUCCCUAACCUGGGGCUCCUGGCCUCAUGGUUAGAUGCAGAGCUCUACUGUACAGAUUUCCGCCCUGUGCCCCUCAAGGAGUGGGUGAAAAUUGGCAGCAACAUAUAUGACUCCUCCAUGAAUUUAGUGCGAGAAUUCCAGCCCAAGCUGCAACUGAAGGGAGACGAAGACCAUAUUGUGAGCCUGUGUUAUGAGACUGUUUGUGGUGGCCAUUCAGUCCUGCUCUUCUGUCCAUCCAAGAACUGGUGUGAGAAUCUGGCAGACAUCAUUGCCAGGGAGUUCUAUGGUUUGCAGCAAACUGAGAGUUCUGCAAAAAAUUCAUCCCUUACCCCAGUUUUUGUGAACAGAGAAGGGAUUGAUGAGGUCCUGGAUCAGUUAAAGCGUUCAAUUUCCGGCCUGGACUCUGUGCUCCAGCGCACUUUGCCAUGGGGAGUGGCAUUUCAUCAUGCAGGUCUGACUUUCGACGAGCGGGACAUCAUUGAGGGAGCCUUUCGGCAGGGCCUGAUCCGAGUCCUGGCCGCCACCUCCACGCUGUCGUCGGGAGUGAACCUGCCCGCGCGCCGCGUCAUCAUCCGCACCCCCACCUUCGGUGGCAGGCUGCUGGACAUCCUCACCUACAAGCAGAUGGCUGGAAGGGCUGGCAGGAAAGGGGUAGACACAGAGGGUGAGAGCAUUUUAGUCUGCAAGCCCUCAGAGAGAUCAAAAGGUGCUGCUCUACUUCAGGGAUCUCUCAAGCCUGUUAGCAGCUGUUUGCUUAGAAGAGAAGGGGAAGGUGUUGCUUCUAGCAUGAAAAGAGCAAUACUUGAGAUCAUAGUGGGGGGAGUAGCCAACACUCCAGAGGAUGUGCAGACCUAUGCCUCUUGCACUCUGCUUGCAUCCAGCUUGAAAGAAAGCAAGUGGGAAAAUGGGAAAGAGCAAGACAAAGCACAGGCUGGACCUAUUGAGGCUUGUGUGGCAUGGCUGCUGGAAAAUGAAUUCAUUCAGGUUGUGGACUCUGGCAAUGAUGUGAAAGAAAAGGUUUAUCACCCAACACAUCUUGGCUCAGCUACUCUUUCCUCUUCUCUUUCACCAACUGAAGCCAUGGAAAUCUUUGCUGACCUGCAGCGAGCUAUGAAAAGCUUUGUUCUGGAGAAUGAUCUGCAUAUUGUCUAUUUGAUCACCCCGGUAUAUGAGGAGUGGACCACCAUUGACUGGUACCAGUUUUUCUGCUUAUGGGAGAAGCUGCCUGCCUCAAUGAAACGUGUGGCUGAGCUGGUGGGGAUUGAAGAAGGCUUUCUAGCUCGCUCUGUAAAGGGCAAAAUCACAGCUAAAACAGAGAAACAGCACAGACAAAUGGCCAUCCACAAAAGGUUUUUCACCAGCCUUGCCCUUCUGGAUUUAAUCAGCGAGGUUCCUUUACAAGAUAUGACCAAGAAAUAUGGCUGUAGUCGUGGUCAGCUUCAAUCCUUGCAGCAAUCUGCUGCCACUUAUGCAGGAAUGAUAACAGUUUUCUGUAAUCGACUGGGCUGGCACAACAUGGAGUUGUUGCUGUCUCAGUUCCAGAGCCGCCUGACUUUUGGGGUGCAGAGGGAGCUCUGUGACCUGGUGCGAGUGUCUCUGCUGAAUGCCCAGCGUGCCAGGACACUUUACAGCGCUGGCUUUGUCACCGUGGCUGAUCUCGCUAAGGCCAGGCCUGAGGAUGUGGCAGCUGCUCUGAAGAACUCAGUACCAUUUAAAAGUGUUCGUAGGGCUGUGGAUGAGGAUGAAGAGUCAGCAGAGGAGCGUCGGGCUGUGCGCAGCAUCUGGAUGGCUGGAAUGAAGGGCUUCACUGAAAGAGAAGCAGCCUCUGUCAUUGUGGAGGAAGCCAGGAGACUUCUGCAGCAGGAUUUAGCACUGCUGGGGCUGCAGUGGAACCCAGAGUCUUUUCUUGAGACUGAUACCUCCUCUGUGAUCAGCAGUGAGUCAGAACUGGAAGACAGACAGCACAGAUCAGAUGGAGAGGAGUCUGCUGAGUCUUCAAGGGUGUAUAACAAAAAAGGGUGCAGAGUUCAACACUGUAAUGGCCUUGGUUCUCAGAUUGGAAACUUAUCAAAUAUUAAAAAGGGAUGUAAAAGGCGACUGAGCAGUAGCACAGAAAGCUCUGUAUUUGAUGAAGUCCUGGGCAGGAAACAGGCUCGAGCAGAGGAAGGCAAGGAUGAUUUUGUGUCCAGUGCUAGAAAACGGCCAAAUGUGUGCAGAGGAAAUGAAAACACAGAAGAUAUUUCUCUGGUCAAAACCAAGAUGAAUUCCAGAACAGCAGUCCAAGAGCACCUUACUGAACAAGUUAAAAUACCAACAUUGAGAAGAGAGUCUUCAGCCUCUAGAUUGAUUAAAAGCACAGAUACACAUUUAAAUCAGACUAGGAACAAAAAUACUGCUUCAAAACUGCAGGGGUCACUUCUUGAGGAUUCAAAUAAGCUUAGUAUAGAUAGACAAAAGCUGCCUGUUUCUUGCACCACCAUCUCUACAGAUAAUUCUGUUUCAAAUCAAAAUAAUAAGGAAUUUUUAGAAACAGAUCCUGUAACUAAUAAAGUCUCAAGUUCUGUACAGAUGGGGGGUGUUAACAUUGGGAAGAAAGACAAAAUGGAAGGAUUAUUUACAGAGCCUACCAGCACUAAUGAAGGUAUGCCUAAGGGGAGGGCAGGUUUUCAGGCACCUGUUAUGCUGAAGGGUACUCCACACACCAGUGUGGAGACACACAGUAUUGUAGGAAGUCGAGGAAUACCUGACAGUGCUAGGGCACUGAGAACUGACAAAACUGAUGUUAAGCAGAAUAAAAGGAAUAAAACUCAAACAGAUGCAAGCUCUGCUGAGGCAGGGAUUGAUAAGCAUUCGUGUCCUGGUGAAGAGAAAACCUGCAGUAUUCAGAUUCAAAAUGCUGGCAAAAAUGGGAGUGAAAAGCCCAAUGGAAUAUCGUUGCAAGCUGGAACAAUGCAGAAUGGCAAUGGCAACAGUCAUCCUAAAGAUUUUCUGAAAGAGUUUUUAGUAAAAUCCAGAGGUGUUUGCCAUGCUGAUGGUGUUCAGAAUGAUCCAGCCUCUCAUCUGUUUUCUGACUCUAGAGACUUUGAAGACAGCAUCCAGUUGGAUACUCAAACUGAGAUGAUAAUAAAACAGGAGGGAGCAGCUGGAAUCACAGGACAGCAGGGGAUACAAGGUUCAGAGCUGGCAGCAAUACCACAGCAGGGAAUACCAGAAAAAGAAAGCAGUUUUUGGACUGAGAAUGAUACUGAUAAAAGGCUGGCUGCAACAGUUAGGAAAGUGAGCUUCCCAAGUCGUAUCACAACAAAUGACAUUAUGAAAAACACAACUCAGCACUGUAGUAAUAAAGUUUUGGAGUCUGGAGGCCUUAAUUUGCAGCCUGUAGUGAAGAAAAUAGAACCUGCACCUUGCCUUAAAGAAAGUGAUUUCUCAAUGACUGACUCACAGCUACACAGUUUUCUACAAGAUUACCAGACCCAAAAUUCAGUGAAAGGGGAGAGUGUGUCUAAAGACUUGAAUAAAGCAACCUCCCACUUUGCUAGGGAACACAUUGUACAAGUAGAAUGCCAGCCUGUCCCUGAAACAAGCCUAAAUAUGAGCGAUAGCUUGCUGUUUGAUGAUAGCUUCAGUAAUGUCAGUGACCUUUCAGCUGUUCACAUCAUGGAAGCUGAUGGAAAGGACCCUGUGGCUUUGCUUCCUCCAGAUGGUGUUUUGCAGAAUCCAAGGCCUGUUGAGAAUAAAUUUGAUGUCGGUGACAAUCAGAAAGAACAUGAGGAUCCUGCACAGUGUAACAAUGUGUCUUUAGCAUCCUCAGAUGUAAUAGCAGAAGUUUUAGACCAUGGAAACUCCCCAUCUUUUCUGAAAGACAUUCCUUCUACAUUUCAAGGUCAGUCAGGAUUAAGAAACUCAGUCAUUUGUAGCAGUGACCCCAGACCAAAGGACUUAGUAGCAGAUCAAGGUGAAAAGCUCCAGAGAAGCCACCAAGCUUUUGAAAAGAACCCCCAUCCAGUGGUGUGGACGGAAUGCUCAUUUGAACUAAGCCCAGGAUUGCAGGAUGUGUUGGACAAAUGGCCUAGCCUCUCAGGCAUUGAAACAGCUUCAGCAAGCUCCAGUUUGAAAGGAGAGUUAGUUGCUCCUAUUGUUAGUCAAGAGCCAGAUCCAGUUUUUGAAUCUGACUGUUGUGAGCAAAAGCCUUUGCCCACUUGCCAGGAUUUAAAAAGCUCUUUCAAGGUUAAAGAAAAAGAAAAGGAAAACUUGGAUCUUCAGAAGACACAUGGCAUAACGCUUCAUCUCGAGGGAAGCAACAGAACAUCCUGUCCUGCACCAGAUAGUAAUAAUGGGUUUAUUCCUCCAACACCUCCCAAAGAGCUUUUUCCAAAAUGUUCUGUUUCUCUCCCAUCUGCAAGAAAGGGACAAGUCACCUGCAAAAAAGAAGGGCAGAUGAUUCAGCUGCAGUGGAAUAGUGAGGGCAACGCAGAGCAGCAGGUAAAAACAUUCCAGGGCAAUCUUGAGUAUCUAGACCCAGCUGAGACAGAAGAGAUAAAAGAUGAUUCCACUGUAGACCAAGGCUUUUCACUGCAGCUAUCUCAGGAUGUUUUUCCAUUUGUUCCCUUAAGUGCUGAAAGUUUCACUAUUAUUGAUGUAGCAAGCGACAAAACACUUUUCCAGACUUUUAUUGCAGAAUGGAAAGAGAAAAGCAGAUUCUCCAUCUCAGUGGCAUGUGAAAGAACAAAGUGCCUUUUGUCUCCCAAAUCAACGAUUGGUGGCAAAUUCAAAAAAGUGAGUUCUCCUCAGCGGACACAAGUUAAAGAUGAAGGAUUUCCUGUCCAAGGAUACGAAGACAUCUUGGUAGUUGGACUGGCAGUGUGUUGGGGUGGAAAAGAUGCCUACUAUAUCUCUUUGCAGCAGAUCCAAGACCAGACUGAUAUCAGUCUGAGUUUGGCACCCCCACCUUUGGACCAAAGCCUACCUGUGACAGAGAGAAUGAACCAUCUGCAGCUGUACCUGCAGAAGAAAACCAAGAAGAAGCGCUCACUUAUCAUGUAUGACUUCAUCCAGCACUACAAAACUCUGCUGAUGGCUUGUGGCAUCUCUUUGGAAGGAAGUUUUGAGGACCCAAAGGUUGCAUGUUGGCUGCUGGAUUCUGGCUCCAAGGAACAUACCCUUCACAGCAUGGUGACCAACUUUCUCCCCAGUGAGCUGCCCCUCCUGGAAGGAGUGGGCACGGGCCAAGGGGUGCAGAGCCUGGGGCUGAGUGCCAGCAGAGACCAGUCUGGGCGGUACAGAGCAGCCAUAGAGUCUGUGCUUGUCUUCAAUGUCAUGGACCAACUCCACAAGGAGCUAGAGAAGGAAAAUCUGACAGAUGUACUUUCUAAAGUGGAGAUGCCCACCCAUUAUUGCUUGGCUCUGCUGGAGCUGAAUGGCAUUGGUUUCAGCACAACAGCCUACGAAACCCAGAAACAAGUCAUGCAGGCUAAACUGAGCCAGAUUGAGACCAAGGCAUAUCAGCUGGCAGGGCACAGCUUCUCCUUGACCAGCCCUGAUGACAUUGCAGAGGUGUUGUUCCUGGAGCUGAAGUUGCCACAAAAUGGAGAUGUGAAAGUCCAAGGGAACAAGAAAACCCUCGGUUACACCAGAAGAGCAACUGCUAAAGGAAACAGGGUCAGGCUAAGCAAGCAGUUCAGCACAACCAAGGAUGUUUUGGAGAAAUUAAAGACACUUCACCCAUUGCCAGGGCUGAUAUUGGAAUGGAGGAGGAUCAACAAUGCCAUUACUAAAGUGGUGUUUCCACUGCAGAGGGAGAAGCGAUUGAAUUCUGCACUGGGAAUGGAAAGGAUAUAUCCAAUUUCACAGACUCACACAGCUACAGGUCGAGUAACCUUCACAGAACCAAAUAUCCAGAAUGUGCCAAGAGAUUUUGAGAUUGAAAUGCCAACUGUGGUUGAAGAAAGCCCCCCCUCCCAAGCCCAUGGAAAUUCUCGUGCUGCAUUGGGGGGCAGAUGCAGAAAGCGUUCCAGUAUUUUGCCUAAUGGACUAAAGGUUCAAGCUGCAAACAGAUCCGAAGAAAGAGGAAUGCCAUUUUCUGUUAGCAUGAGGCAUGCUUUUGUUCCUUUCCCAGGUGGCUUAAUCUUGGCUGCUGAUUACUCUCAGCUGGAACUGAGGAUCCUUGCUCAUUUGUCUUGUGACUGUCGCCUCAUUCAAGCCUUGAAUGGUGGCACCGAUGUCUUUAAGAGCAUCGCAGCCGAAUGGAAAAUGAUCGAUCCCGAAGCUGUUGGGGACAGGACCAGGCAACAAGCUAAGCAGAUCUGCUAUGGAAUCAUCUAUGGAAUAGGAGCAAAAUCUUUAGGCGAGCAGAUGGGGAUUGAUGAAAAUGAAGCUGCCAGUUACAUUGAAUCCUUCAAAUCGAGAUACGCAGGGGUUCAGAAAUUCUUGAGGGAGACAGUGCGGAGCUGCAGGAGGGAUGGGUUUGUGCAGACCAUCCUGGGGAGACGGCGCUACCUGCCAGCUAUCAAAGAUCCAAACCCCUACAGUAAAGCUCAUGCAGAGCGCCAGGCUGUGAAUACGACUGUUCAGGGAUCUGCUGCAGAUAUUGUCAAAACAGCCACUGUCAAUAUUCAGAGACGCCUGGAAGCUUUCUCCUCUGUGUUCAAGUCCCAUGGACAUCUGGAGAGCUCCUUCCAGAGAGAUAAAAGCGGAAGGCUGUUGAGGAGGAGAAACACAGGGAUGUUACAUCCCAUCAGAGGAGGCUUCUUCAUCCUCCAGCUGCACGAUGAGCUCCUCUAUGAAGUUGCAGAGGACGAUGUCAUCCAGCCAAUGCCAGCCUCUGUCAGCUGGCACAGCCUGGCACAAGGACAGAUGAAUGCUGCAGAAGGGGUAAGAGUUCUGUUUGUUACAACUGUUGACAGCCUUGUCCCUCAGUGCACACAGAAUUCCUACAGCAGCCCUGCACUGCCCUUGCCUGGCUGCUGCACCAGCAGGGAUGUGCCUGCCAAAAGAAACCCAGCUGGGAUGCAGUCCUGGCAAAGAGCUGUGGUCACUGGGAGUGCCUUGUGUUCAUGAUGGGAACCUGCAGGACCCAGCUCCUCACAGGGAGAGUCUGUCCCUUGGAGCUGCUGAGCAGCCUGCUCUGGUUGGUUCCCAUCUGUUUCUGCUCAGAGUGACUCAAAUGUGCAUUCAGCUGGCUGCUGAUACGGGGCACGACUUGCCCAGCCUUGGCAGCAGGAACUCACACCUUUGAUGUUUGCUGCAGCCUCCUGGUCCUUUUCCUCACAUGCAGACCACAAGCUUGUACUGCUGCUGCUUUCCUUUUCUCCUGGCUACUGGAAGCUGUGACAGGCAGGUGACAAAUAAUGACACUGGUAAUCUGAUCUGCUUUGGUCCUAUUGCCUUUCUCCCGUGCUGCUUGCAUUCCAUGGAGAGAGUUGUACAGAGCUGACAAGAGGGAGAGGGGAGCUCAGCACCUUUGGCUGGCAUUUGGAGCUUCUCCUGGCACAGCAAUUCAGAGGUGCUGCUGGGAAGAGCCCUUACACUCCUGCCCUUCCAGAGCUCACGCUGAAGUGGGAGGGACAGGAAGGGCUCUUGGCUGGCUGGUAGCCCUGCUCCAAGGCUGGUGACAUUCCAGCUGGUGUGGCAGUCAGGAGCCCCGUGUGAGCUCCCUGCAUGGGAACAUCAACUGGACGUGGGUUCUGUCCUGGUAGGAGCUGCUGGAGGAAGGAAGGUGACCAUCCCCACCCCAGCAACAACCACGACUGCAAUUUUUUUAUUCCUGAAUGAGAAAUGAAAACUCCAACCAAAGGCUUUAGACAAACCAUGCACCUCUGAAAUACUAUAAAGAAUGUAGGAGUAGAAGUUGGGGAAAAAAAGAGAUUACACCAACUAGUAUCAAUUCUUUCCUUUAUUUUCUUCCCCUCUGUUUUUUUAAUUUUAUUUUUUAUUUUUUGGUUGCUAAUGGGGGCACGAGACAGCCUCACUUUAAGAUGCCUUAGCUUUGUGAUACUGAUUUAGGAUACCUGUGGAAACAGGACAUGGUUAGCACACGAGUGUGUGGUUCACCCCAGAUCAGCCUUCGUUCUGAGAGACAGGUAAUGACUCAUUAACAAACCCCACACAUUCUCAGCCCACAUUUCCUUGACACUGAAUCUGAAUAUUUGCUGCUAUUUAAAAAAGUACAACGUUUGAUUUGUUGAUUUAAUCACAAAACAAAACACAUGAAUGGAAACACUCAUUUACGUGACUAUUGCUUAUACACCUAAGAGGAGGAGUUGGCUGCCAAUGUCCACACGCAGUUCCUUCAUGAGAGAGAGUGUGCUCUGACCAGAGCCUGCCAGGGCAAAGAAACAUUCAAGACUGAAAUAUGCUGUGCUUGAAUUCACCUUUGGGCUAUGGGAAAGGAUGGAUGGGGCAGGGCCUGGGCUAUUUGAUGGGCAUAAUUAACCAAAAACUGGGGCUUUGCCUGUGCUGCCACACACACAGUUUGUGUAUGAAGGAGGGCUGAGGCUGGAUGCAGCUCUGAAGUGGUUUCUAUUGAAAAAAAGAGCUUUCUAUGCCCACCUGCAUUAUGCACACACUAUGGUGUGAAAGGGAUUCUGGAAAAGGAGUAUAAACUGUUUUAGAGGAGAUUUAUGUGAUAAUUUUAUACAAUACAUGUAGUAAAUAGAGUAUUUUUGUUACACAUUUUUGUAACAAUCCUGGUGUUGUGGGAAAUGACUAAUUAAUGUAGACAGAACUGUAGAACUGAAAAAAACUUAAACCCCCUCCCCCCAGGUAAUUACAGAAAACAAAACCUGAUUCUCAAAAUUUCAAUUGUCAUGUCUUUUAAUUCAAUGCUUGCAACUGAAGUUAAAGAUCUAGGAAGAGAUUUAAUUUUUUUAUUAAUAAAUAAAGUAGCUUGUACUUCAUUGAAGACUUGCCAACUCUGCAGACUUAUAAAUAAUCUAAUUUAAUGCAUUUUUUUCUGUCUAUCUACAGCACUAGACAUAAGAUUACAAACAUCUGAUCAAACCCAAAGGUGUGUGUGCUGUUGGAAGUUCUGUGUAACUGGUUUUGGAUCUGAUUGUGACAGAGCUCCUGGAGAGAAGAACGUGAGAGAACAAAGUAUCUAAAUGAACAAACAGCAUUUUAAACAGAACUAAUAUUUCCAGCCAAUCUGGCCUGGUGUAGCAGAGGAUUGCGAGGCUGAAGAGACAUCUAAGCUUGGGAUUUUGCUUGAGGUGGUGCUGUCUGAGUGGGAAAGGUGAAAGCACAGAAAGAUUUCAACACCCAGUGACAGCCAAUGUCCUUGAUUUUCCUCCAGCCAGUCACAGUCCUGCAGUCUUUCUCAGAGUCAGAUGCUGUGCUCCUCUCUGGGAAUGCUGCAGCUCCAUGCCUGUCACUGACAGCCUUGAGCAGUGUGCAGGGCAAGCCUUGCAAAAAUCCCACACUCCCCCUCAUUUCACAAUAAAUCACCCAGGCAAGAGUUUUUCCUCCCUCAUUGAACUUUUUAAGUGAUGGGUUUUUUCCACAUACAUGGUAAAUCUUGAUAGAAAGCAUUUAACAGUGUGCACUAACAAACUUAUACAACAUGUACAUUACAUAUAUAUAUAUUAUAUAUAUAGAAUGUUCUAUAUACAAACAUAUACAUCUUUUUAGAUCUCUACAGACUACAAGAAAAUUGAUAAUUAUAGUCACAAGUGGUGAACUUAACAGAAAUGGUAAUUGGUAACUGUCUGGAAAUAUGUAAAAUAUGUAAGAGUGGAAAGCUGUGACCUGAUGGGGAGUACUAAAGAAAAGUUGCUUAAAAGUUUAGCAUUAAAAAUUGUAAGUUUGAGGGCUGCUAAAUUCUCAUUUCUCUGUUGCAUAAAAAUGCAAAUGGAAAUCUACUGGCAGGUUUUUUUUUUCACCCUGGUGUUAAAGUAGAGACUGUUUGUUGGCAGCCAGAGUCAGCUGGGCCUUGUGUAAAGACUUGUUGAGGACACUUUUCUCUCUGGGUGAGCUGCAGUGAUCAGCAGUCAGAAGCUGCUCUUAAGUUUUCUUCAAAGAUCCCACAAUUCCAAUCAGCCUCUGGGGCUGCUUCUGACUGCCACACACCAGGGCAGAAUGGAAAAUAAGCUGGCUGCUGGACAUUUUGAAUGCUGCCCCAAAUGAUUUUGUUGCUCAGAGACCAGUGGGUUUGGAUUAUAGGCCAGAGCACAGGCCCAGUGAGUACAGGUUUGAACUGAAGAUCAACUUGCCAUAAUGCUCUCCUUUAUUCCUCAUUCUUGAUGCCUGCUUAGAGCAGUGCUUCCUCACAGGCACCAGUGGUUGCUUCUGUGACCCAGCCCCUGGAAGGAAUUCCCCAACCCAGUUCCUAUUGGCAUCAGAUUUGGUUUAUCCUUACACACAAACACACAGAGGAAUCCUCUUGGGUCACGGGCAACUCCAAUUCCUUAGCUCUCUGCAGAAGCCCAGGCAUUACUCAGGCACUGACCUUUUCCCCUGCAAGUUUCUACAGUUCUGACAACAUAGAGCAGUUUCUCCUGUGCUAGAGAAACUUGUGGAGUCUCAUUCCCAGUUGAGCUAGACCUGUCAGGGCCAUCACUUUGAUUCUGGCUACAGCAAAAUGUAAAAAUCCUGUAAAUCAUGAAAUUCUGUUCUGCCACAAUGGGAAUUUAAAACUUAACACCUCAAACCUCUUCCAAGCCUUCAGCUUGUGCAGUGGGCCAAUUGUGAGGCCAGACUUGUGGAUGGUACAACUUCCUGGGCUGUAUUUUAUUGUAGGUAAAGGAAGAAGAAGGAAAAGGUGUUUUUGAGAGGGACCAUAUGAACACUGUGAUGAUACAAACACCAGUGAAAUUAAGGUCUAGGUGGGAGUGGGAUGAUGCCUGUCUCCAUCAAUGUCCAUUGAAGAGACAGAAGAUGUUACACUUGUUCAAAAGAAUAAUUUUAAAGGCUGUUUUUCCAGCUUUUCCUCACUUCCUUUUUUUCUAAUUUGAAACUAUGUCCAGACACAUGAAAACAAGCCUUCAGUGCCUUGUUUUCAGCCCAAUCUUGGAAAAAUUUCUAACCUAACAGUUGACUUGUGUGGCAGUGAGUCUUGUAGGACAGGGUGGAGCACUCCAGCAGGACAGGCAAUGAAUCCAGCUUACUGUUCUCUCCUGUGGCUGCAGGUUGCAGAGUUUCCUGCAGCAUUCACUGCAAAAACCAAACAAGCCACUCUGAAGCAGAAGCAAAUUACUUUUAGCAGUGUGAGCAGAGGACAAAUUGCCACUCACCCAUGGUGUCACUUUAUAUCUGUGCUCCAUACAUAUGUUGACAAUGGUUUUCCAUGCUCCUCCCUGGCCCACUGUGUUGUGUUCCUGCUCCAAUCUCCCUUUCUGUCUCAGGUUUUGGGGGGGUUUCUGUGCAGGCCCCCUCGUAAUUUCAGCUGAGCACUUAAGCUGCUCUGCAAGCUGCUGAGCAGCCUCUGUGAGCAGUGUUUGAUGGGAAUGUGGUUUCCCAUCUGGCCUUUCCUAACUUGAAGAAAUGCUUUCCAAAGCUGUUUUUCUAUUCCUGCUACUGGGAAAUAAGGCAACCAAGUGAUACAGACUCCAUGGGGAUGAAAAGUGCCACAGCCCCCCUUCAAGGACAACAGAUGAAUCUAGAGCACAUUUUAAAUGUAUAGAUUUGGAUGAUGUUUCAUGUGCUCUGAAUUGCAAAUAAACCAUCUAUGACAUAUCUUAAUGAUCUUGUUAGAUAGUGCCUGUCCAGCUACCUGCAAAAUCGUUACAUUUUGGGGAUAGGAUUUUAAAUUUAUUUAUUUUUCUGGUAGGAGUUAAAGAGCAUUGCCUUGAGCAAGGCUUUUCAAGGGAAAUAAAUAGCUGAUAAGAAAAUGCAGCUCAACUCAUUUUUAUGUGGAGAACAGUAGCAAACAUGCUUGAAAUGUCCUGGCUUUUUAUAAUGUAACUUUUAAAAAAUAAAGAUUUUUGUAAUUUAAGGUGUUUUUUCUUUUUCUUUUUUUUUUCUUUUUUUUUUUUUUUUUUU